CUUCGUCGGCUUUUCGUCGUUGCGAUUCGUGUCGGCCUGUCGCGUGUUAGUGCGUACUGCUGAACAGCUUCAUUGCGACCACAACCUGAUGCUUUGCAUCAGUUCGACCUGGUGAGCGCAGACUAAACGUUCGAGUUGAGCGGUUAAAUAGGUGCAAGUAUCCUAACAUAGUAGUAGCACAAAAAAAAAAAUUGUAUAAAAUCCUCAGUCAAGUGAAAGUAACCAGUAACUCUGCACGCAGCAUUCAAUAUAACACGGUAACAAACGAAAGCACGCUGACGGUCCGGAAAGGAAUUUCAUAUUUUGCACGAGAAACUUGUUGACUAUCUGCAUUGUCUACAAUAAAGUUAACUUUUGCUGUUGUUGGCGUUAUUAUUGCUGCUGGUUUUCAAUGUUGGCAUAGAAAUUUUCACUCGACAUUUCACACAAUUCGCUAACAUAUGGCAGCUUUUGUGCCAGCAUCACUGUAUGACAAUAUGCAAAACGCUUAUCGCCAACUUAGCCGUAAUGAGGCAGCAGCUGUUGAAUGGUGGGCCCAUUAUCAUGGCAUGCAAUGUACAACCACAACAACAGCAACAGCAGCAAGGCGAACAGCACAACUCAUUAAGGCAACAAUGUAUUAGGCCACAGCAAGAGCAAGAGCAACAGCAACAACAAGCACAAUCAACAUCUCUGCAAGAAGACCAUCAAGAACAAGUACAAUCUCUGCAACAACAACAACAAGCGAUAGAGCAGCAUCAAGCCAGGGCAGAAUGGCAGCAAUUGCCGCAGCAGCAGGAGCAAGAGUCGACGAUGCAACGGCAGCAACAGCAGCAACAGCAGCAACAGCAGCCAACCAGCAGCUGGCGUUGCUCGUUGCAUGCAACAAUUAAUUGGUUGCAUCGUCCGGCUACAAGCGUCACGUUGAUGUUGCAAUUGCUGUUGUUGCUGUCGAUAAAUACAGCGGCACGUGGCGAAGGCAAUGUCGGUUGCCAAUUUGUGCGAACACUUUGCCUGCAGGGGAGCGAGGUCUGUUUUGAUGAUAACAUCUUUGGAAAAUGUAUACCAACGACUGGCGUAGAUGUGGAGGACAUUGAAAAGACACCGCUCACUGAGGAGCAAUCACGUACACUCGCCACUAUGUUGGAGGAGUUGCAGGGCGCCGGACUUGGCUGGGAUCAUCCCUAUGUACAAUGCCGCAUACAAGGAACACUCUACUCACUCCAGAAACAGACCCAACUACCACCGAAUCUUUGCGCAAACUUGGCACCCACACCUACCGAUAUCGACCCGGCCGGCGCUAUGGCUUUUGUACGCUUCACACCACCCGAACAAGAAUAUGUGGAUGGUGGAUAUUUCUAUCCGCCGCUAAAAAAGCAACAGCGACCACAACAACGGGCUGAAGAUGGCAAUAGUCUCAACACCAUUUUGCAUGAGUUGCAGCUGCAGGAGCAACGUCAACUGCGACACGAUCCGCUAGAACUGGCAUAUUUCGAAAAAUCGGAUGCACAAGAGCCACCACAACUCACACCGAAUAUAAUGGAGACCUAUCUGGAGAACGAACGUGCACGCAUACAACGCGAACAACUGGAGCAAGCAGCGGAGUUGGAAGCGGCACAGGAAAAUGCAAUGCGCAAUCGUUUAGAACUCUAUCAGAUGUUGGCCGCCUCAGAACCAGAUCCGCAGCCGUAUCAACGUAAACCGAGUAGCGCAAUUGAGAAGUUGGAACAAGUGGUAGAGCGCGAACGUGAGGCUGCGGCACGUGUACUACCAUCUACGCAACAACAACCAGUUAUUGUGCCGGAUGAGUUGUCGAAUGAUUCUAACGAAUUGUAUUUCCCUGAACGUUUUAGCUCUUUCAAGCGUAUUUCGAACAAAGCAGCAAUGAAAGCUAACGCUAAGCCGGUGCAACGUUCAUUCUUUCGUGAGUUGGCCGCAGAGCAAGGUUUGCCGCAGGAACCGUUAUUAAAUAAUGACUUCACUGCAAAUGCAAUUGAUGAAACCGACCAAAUGUUGUUGCCAACCUACAAACGUACGAGUGCAAAUGAUUUCGCCAACGAGUCCGAACGCAAGCAAUUGGCUUUCGAGGAAAGUCUCAUACGCAACUCUUUGACACCGUUCGAAGAGGAAGCGAUGCUUUCCUCGAAUACUUAUGCGCGUAAUGCACAGAAACCGCGACCAGUCUUUACGGAGGGUGGUCUCGUCUAUGUGUCCGAGGAUGAGGAGGAGGUACGCAAAGCCAAAGCACGUGAAUUGCUCGAAAGCAUGUUUGGUUUUACACGACACGAACGUUUGGAUGUGAAGAAACCGGGUCCAUUAAUCGGACCGCCACCAAAUGCUGUGGAAUCAAAGGAUACGCAAAAUAAAACCGAAGCUGUAAAUGCUGGCAAUAAGGAAGUGCUGCCGGCACAUAUUAAAGGCAGUAAAGAGGGCAGUAAGAAGAAGAAAGUGCUGAAGGAUCACUCCGAUGAAGAUCAUGCUCCGCACACGGUCGACACCGAAUAUGCGCAUGUGUUCGUAAAGAACCCUAUCGAUAGCUGGAGUGACGGUGUGCGGAUCAUGAACGAAUUGGCCAAUAUACUACAUAUGCAAGGAUACUUUACCUAUUUAACCGUUCAACCGCACGAAGUCUCUUUCCGGGUGGACUCAAACAACCCGGAACACAAGACCGCCGCUGACAUAGCGCGCGCCAUCAACGACAAUCGCGGCGUCAAGAAUAACAUACUACGACGUCUGGGCUUCACCGUACUGCAUGCCGGUGUGGGCGAUAAGAUCAAAGACGAUACGGAUGGCGUUUCGUCAUCGCGCAUCGAACUCGCCGAACAAGGACCCGAUGUGACGCAUAUUAUGGCAUAUAUGUUUGCCGGCGCUGGCGCUGCUGCUGUCAUCGUGAUUUUCAUAACACUCAUCUUGAUAAAGCGACAUGACAAGAAACGCGAUAAACUGGGUGGUUUACAAUCGGGCAUCGGUGGUGCAGAGAGUUGCAGCAAAGACUAUCAGGAUCUGUGCCGUGCACGCAUGGCCGGCAAGAGUAGCGCACCCGAACCGGUAGCAAGUGGUCGCAUAACAUCACUAAGCAAGGAAAACGAUCGACCGCCGUCAUCACGCUCGAGCACCUCAUCGUGGAGUGAGGAACCGGCGCUAACGAAUAUGGACAUCUCUACCGGGCAUAUGGUUUUGUCUUACAUGGAGGAUCAUUUACGUAAUAAGGGCCGUCUGCAACGGGAAUGGGAGGCUUUGUGCCGCUAUGAAGCUGAGCCGAGUGCACGCGAUGCCGCACAACAACCGCAGUGCGCUAAUUUGAAUCGACCAGGCGCUCCAUUACCUUAUGAUCACUCGCGUGUUGUGCUGAAUCACUUGGCCAACGCUGAGGGUUUGGAUUACAUCAAUGCUUCGACUAUUACCGAUCACGAUCCACGUGCGCCGGCCUAUGUCGCCGCUCAAGGACCAUUACCCACGACCCUGGCACAUUUCUGGCAAAUGAUUUGGGAACAAGGUGCUGUUGUUAUUGUUUCGCUGUGUCGUUUACAAGAGAAUGGCGAAAUCGCUUGUGCACGCUAUUGGCCGGAGGAGGGUGCUGAGGUUUAUCACAUCUACGAGGUUCACUUGGUCAGCGAGCACAUUUGGUGUGAUGAUUACUUAGUACGCUCUUUCUAUUUGAAAAAUUUGCGAACCAGCGAAACACGAACAGUGACACAAUUCCAUUUCCUCUCUUGGCCACAAGGUGGAGUACCGGCGCAAGCUAAGGCCUUAUUGGACUUCAGAAGAAAAGUAAACAAGUCCUAUCGCGGCCGCUCAUGCCCCAUUGUGGUGCAUGGCAGCGCCGGUGCCGGCCGAACUGGCGCCUACAUACUGCUCGAUCUUGUAUUGGGACGCAUGAAUAAGGGAGCACGUGAAAUCGAUAUCGCCGCCACAUUGGAACACUUGCGCGAUCAACGUGCUGGCCUCGUGGCCACACGACAACAAUUCGAAUUCGUGUUGAUGGCCGUGGCCGAAGAGGUGCAUGCGAUACUGAAGGCGCUACCGGCAAAUCAAUCGAAUGAGAAACGUGAAUUGGAGGCAAAAGAAACGACAACCGGCACACUGAAGGAAGAGGAAGCGGGCAGUGAAGAGGCAGCGGUGGCAACAACAUCCAAAGCGACGAAAGAGACAGCGGUCAAGCCAGCAGCACCGGCAGCGACAGCAACAACAGCUGGUGCAAAAGAGAAGGGCGAACAACAGCAACAGCAGAAGAAUGGCGGUGGCGAGAAGGAGCGCGAGAAGGCCGGCAAAGCGGAGGCCAAGGAGUCGAAAGCCGCACCAGCAACGCCAGCAAAGACACAGGCCACCACAACAGCAGCGGUAAAGAAAAAGUAAACGUGCUAAACGGCGGCGGCGGUGUGUGUUGAGUAGCGCGCGUAUGUUGCGAGCGCGCGGCGGAGCGGUUGUUUAUUUAUGCAAAUUUUCUUUUUACACUGUGAAGUGUGUUGGUUACUUAGCAGAAAGCGAUUAUAAUGACAUGGUUUAUAUGUAGACUAACAGUUAGUGUUAUAUUUUUCGUAAAUACAGUUAAUUUACAGGCGCGUGGUAUGCUGGCGUGUUCGAAACGGGCUAAAUUUGGUUGGCUAGAAGCAGGAUUUUUUUCAUAAAUUUUUAAGCUAUCAAAAUUUUUUUUUAAAUUUCAUACAAAAUACAAUUAUAAUGUUAAAUUGUUUCCGUAAACUGUGCGUAAAACAAGUUGUAUGCCAAUUUAAUUAAUAAUAAAAGUAUAAACACACACACCCAUACACUUGAGUUCAGUGUGUCGCGCCGGCGCUGCACUUUGCUGUCCGAUUAACGCGUCGCUGCUUCAACAAAAAUCAUUACAAUCCAGCCCAUUGGAGCGGUACGUCUUAUGAGAGUAAAUGACGCAUGCGUGACCAACAAACUGAACGUCACACACACACGCACACAUAUAUACAUAUAUAUAAAUACAAGCUUAAUUAAAGCCAUAAUAAAAUGCGUUUAGAUUUAGACCGCAAGCAACAAACCAUAAACAAUUAUUUAUUAAAUAUUAAGCAAAUACAAAAUAUUGUUAAACAUAUGUAAAGUUAUCAUACAAAUACAAGAAAUUAUAAAUGUUUAUUUGCAAAAUGGAGAAAAAACAAAAACAAAACCAAAAUUAAUAAUUAAUUAUAUAUAUAUAUAUCUGAGUAUAUAUGCUAUUGUGCAAAAAAUAACUGUAUUAUCGAUGUGCAUGGUCAACUAUUUGAAAUAACCGCGUAUAUAUGUACAAGAAAAUGCACUAACAACAACAAAAACAAGUUUUUCAACAAACAUUCCUGCUAUAAACAGCAACACAGCCAACAUUUCAAGACAUUACCGUUAGCAAAUAAUUUUUAUCCUUACUUGUACACCACAAUUCUUUUAAAUGUUAACUCUAACCACAACAACAACAUACAUGUCUAAGUGUUAUUUGUAAAUUUUUAGCAAAAAUGCAAUUAUAUUUUUUUGUGAUGUGCAAAAAAUAUUUUAAAAAAUCUCUACACUUGAACCUAGUGGGUAUUUACAACAACAAAUAUGUACAUGUUUCAAUGUCUUCUCAAUACGUUAAAUACAUACAUACAUAUAACAAAUGUCAUACAUAUAUCAGUGUAAUGUGUACCUUACUACAUACAAAAACAAAUAUCAAAACUAUUCAAAUAUUUAUGUGCAAAAACAAAUAUUUACACAAUGUAUUAACCUUAAAAAAGCAUAUUUACAAAUACUUAGAGUAACCUUAUAUAUGUAUAUGCAUAUAAAUAUAAAUAUAUAUUUACAAAAAAAUCACACUCCAAUAUUAUGUAUGUAUAAUUGAAAAUACCACAUCAGAUGCAUUCCGCGCUCAAGUUGUUAUGAGAAAUAUAUAUUUUUAUGUUACUUAAAUUAUUUGUGUGUAUAUAUAUGUACAUAUUUUAACUAAAUAUAUAACUACUUAAAACCAAAAACUUUCGAUGUAAUGUAAGCUUUCAAGCACAAAAGCAAAAGCAUAGCUAACUGUAAAAUCACAAACUAGCACAAGAGCUUAUAAUAAACAAAAGCACGCAAAAUUUUAGAAGUCAAGUGAAAGCUUUCAUCAAUAGUUAAAAAAUAAGUGAAAGCUUUCAGCAAUAAUUGAAAAAAAGUGGAAGCUUUCA